CAGAUAAUGCUGUUUUAUGCUGCUGCUGACUAUUUUUUUAAUUUCGAGACCAGCUAAGCCAUUUUUAUCUUGUAACAUUGAAAUUGACAAGUCGCUUUUUACUGAAAUUUGCUUUAAUUGUAUUUUGCCUGCAUUAUAACCCUUAAUGGACUUCUUAAACCCAGUUAUAAAUAAUCAAGAUACUAUUGAACCCGCUGUGGAAUGGGUUAGGUAUGAAGACGUAGAUCCAGAAGAUAUUGACGAUGAAUAUGGUGAUAUGGUCAUUGAACAAAAACUGUUAGUCAAUAACGAAGAUGCUUUAGUUCGUAUUAAAGAUGAUCUCAAAAUGAGAGAUCUUGAGUGGAUAGACAUGCUGACGGUCACUUCUGCAGAACCGAUUAAGGUAGCCGAUGCAUUCGACGAUUUAUCUCGUGAAGAUGCUUUCUACAAACAGGCUUUAGAAGCCGCAUAUGUCGGUAGAAGUUUAGCAUUACAAGCAGAAACGUCCUUUUUAAAACCUGACGAUUUUAUUGCGCCCAUGCUGAAAAAUGACGAACAAAUGGAAGCAGUUCGUCAGCGAUUGGUAGCGGAAGCGAAGGAUGGAAAUGAAGAAGCGCUGCGACGUUUGCAUCAGUUUAAUAAGGAACAAAAGAAAGCACAGGCUAAUGAACGAGCAAAGAUUUUGAAGCGAAAGAAAAAAGAAGGUUCAGAAGUAAAAUUAGAUGAUGACUUCACGCUAGAUCUUGAGGAAGCUGAAAGAAUAGCAGCAGAAGGCUUACCGAAAGGUGAAAGACCCUUCAAACUCUACGAUCGCGAAUCAAGGGCGGAGAAAUAUGCUUUAGGCAAAAGGAAAAAUGCAGCAUCUGCCUUAAAUCCUGCAAGAAAAGGAAUGUCAAUUAACAAAAAGAGCAGCCUCAAGAAAAAUAGACCAGGAAAAUCAAAACGUCAAAAAUUAAGGAAAUAAAGCAAUUUGAUACCACCUUUGUCAAAAGUGGUUUACGUUCGAUUCCUUUUUAGGAAUUUUUGUGCUGUUUGUGGUUGAACAUCUGCUUUCAAUAUAUUGAUAUUAUCUGGCUCUAUUACUAUUGAAAUAUUUGAAGGAGCGAUUGGUUACAUUAUAUAUUGCAUUGUAUAAUAUGAAGCCAUCAUUACUCUUUAUUUUCAUCAUAUAACCAUAGAUUAUAAAUGAAAACUGUAUUAUAAAGAUAACUUGUUCGAUUCUUAAGUGAUGGCUGCUUUUACAUAAAAUCAUCCUUAAUUCAUGUUCUUCUCUUUUUUUUUCAAAUUACUAGUGUGCGUUUGGACGAUGCCUAAAUAUACAAUUGGACACAACGCUUAUCAAACGGAAACGAAACUUUGAGCGAU